AUGUCUACAACGGAGACUGCCUCGCCGAUUGGCAUUGCCAAUCUCCCCAACCAGCGACACAAGAUUGUUGCGAAGCGGGGUGCGGCAUUCACAAUUAUGGUUGCCGGAGAGUCUGGAUUGGGAAAGACGACCUUCAUCAACACCCUUUUCUCCACCACCAUCAAAAACUAUGCCGACCACAAGCGCCGCCACCAGAAGCAAGUCGACCGCACCGUGGAGAUCGAGAUCACCAAGGCCGAGCUCGAGGAGAAGUUCUUCAAAGUUCGUCUGACCGUCAUUGAUACCCCCGGCUUCGGCGACUAUGUCAACAACCGCGACUCCUGGCAACCCAUCAUCGAGUUCCUUGAUGACCAGCACGAGUCCUACAUGCUCCAGGAGCAGCAGCCUCGCCGUACUGACAAGAUCGACAUGCGCGUUCACGCUUGCUUGUACUUCAUCAGACCCACCGGACACACCCUCAAGCCCCUCGACAUCGAGGUCAUGAAACGUUUGAGCUCCCGUGUGAACCUGAUCCCCGUCGUCGCCAAGGCCGACACCCUCAGCCAUGCCGAUUUGGCCCGCUACAAGGAGAGAAUCCGCGCUGUUAUCGAGGCACAGGGCAUCAAGAUCUACACCCCGCCGGUAGAGGAGGAUGAUGAGCACGCCGCCACCCACGCUCGCAGCCUGAUGGCUGCUAUGCCUUUCGCCGUUAUCGGUUCCGAGAAGGAUGUCAAGGCCAACGACGGCCGUGUUGUCAAGGGUCGUCAGUACGCCUGGGGUGUUGCCGAGGUGGAGAACGAAGAUCACUGUGACUUCAAGAAGCUCCGCUCAAUUCUGAUCCGUACUCACAUGCUCGACCUCAUCCACACCACCGAGGAGUCUCACUACGAGGCCUACCGUGCCCAGCAGAUGGAGACCCGCAAGUUUGGCGAGGCUCGUCCCCGCAAGUUGGACAACCCCAAAUUCAAGGAAGAAGAGGAGAACCUGCGCAAGCGAUUCACCGAGCAGGUUAAGGUCGAGGAGCAGCGUUUCCGCCAGUGGGAGCAGAAGCUCAUUUCCGAGCGCGACAGACUCAACAAGGAUCUCGAGGCCACUCACGCUGCGAUCAAAUCACUCGAGCAGGAGAUCGAAGGUCUUCAGGGCUCCAGCACUCGCAGCCACGGUCGUCGCUAA